AUGCAGUUGAAGCACCUGAGGACCCUGCUGAGCCCUCAGGAUGGCGCUGCGAAGGUGACCUGCAUGGCCUGGUCCCAGAACAAUGCUAAAUUUGCUGUCUGCACAGUGGACCGAGUGGUGCUGCUGAACGAUGAGCAUGGAGAGCGGAGAGACAAGUUCUCCACCAAGCCAGCCGACAUGAAGUACGGCAGGAAGAGCUACAUGGUGAAGGGCAUGGCGUUCUCUCCUGAUUCCACAAAAAUUGCCAUAGGACAGACUGACAACAUCAUCUACGUCUACAAGAUUGGAGAAGAUUGGGGUGACAAGAAGGUCAUCUGCAACAAGUUCAUCCAGACGUGGCCCGCGGAGUACAUCAUUGUCUUUGGACUGGCUGAAGGCAAGGUAAAGGAGGGGAGGAACACUGGGGUAGGUGUUAGGUGGGGAUGA